AUGGCUGGGCCUCCGCUGCCCCUACUCCUGGCCCUGCCCCUGCUGCUGCUACUGGCUCUCGGAGGCGACCCGGGCCACUCAGCGGAGCUGGCGUUCGCCGUGGAGCCGAGCGACGGCGUGGUGGUCCCAGCCCAGCCCCUGGUUCUGGGCUGCCUGGUGGAAGGGACUCCUCCCAUCAGCAUCACAUGGAGGAAGGACGGGACGGUGCUGACGGACCGCGAGGACGCCUUCCUGCUGGCCAACGGCUCCCUAUACCUGGCCCCGUUCCGGGCGGAGCGUGGGGACGGCUCGUCUGACGAGGGCGAGUACGACUGCGUGGCUCAGAACCGCUUCGGGCUGGUGGUCAGCCGCAAGGCCAGGAUCCAGGCUGCCACAAUGUCAGACUUCCACGUCCACCCGGAGAACGCCGUGGCGGAGGAGGGCGGCGUGGCCCGAUUCCAGUGUCAGAUCCACGGCCUGCCGGAGCCCGUGAUCCUGUGGGAGAGGGACCAGGUGCCCAUCGACACGGAGGACAACCGGUACACACUGCUCCCCAGGGGCGUCCUGCAAAUCACCGGGCUCAGGGCUGAAGACAGCGGCCUCUUCCACUGCGUGGCCACCAACGCCGCCAGCGUCAAGUUCAGCCGCAGAGCCAGACUCACGGUGUCCGGAGGCCGUUCCCUGGCCUACAAGGAGCCCAGGAUCCUGGUGGGCCCCGAGAACCUGACCCUCACGGUGCACCAGACGGCCAUCCUGGAGUGCAUUGCCACGGGGAACCCCCUUCCCGUCGUGUCCUGGAGCCGCCUCGAUGGCCGGCCCAUCGGGGUGGAGGGGAUCCAGGUGCUGGGGACGGGGAACCUGAUGAUCUCCGACGUGACGGUGCAACACUCGGGCGUCUACGUCUGUGCCGCCAACAAACCCGGGACGCGGGUCCGGAGGACGGCGCAGGGCCGGCUCGUGGUGCAAGCCCCGGCAGAGUUCGUCCAGCACCCUCAGUCCAUCUCCCGGCCCGCGGGCAGCACGGCCGUGUUCACCUGCCAGGCGCAAGGGGAGCCGCCCCCCCAGAUCACCUGGCUGAAGAACGGGCAGGUCCUGGGACCCUCCAGUCACGUCAAGCUCAAGAACAGCAACAGCACGCUGACCCUCUCCGGAAUCAGCCAGGAGGAUGAAGCCAUUUACCAGUGCAUCGCCGAGAACAGCGCCGGCUCCUCUCAGGCCAGCGCCCGGCUGACCGUGCUGUGGGCGGAAGGGCUGCCCGGGCCCCCCCGGGACGUCAGGGCCGAGACGGUCUCGGCCACCGCCGUCCAGGUGUCUUGGGGCGAGCCCCUGCAGAACACCCAGGAGAUCAUCGGUUACGUCCUCCACAUCAGGAAGGCCGCCGACCCCCUGGAGAUGGAGUACCAGGAGGCGGUCAGCAAGAGCACCUUCCGGCAGCUAGUGUCCGACCUGGAGCCGUCCACCCGCUACAGCUUCUACGUCAAGGCCUACACGUCGCGGGGGGCCAGCCGACCCUCCGUGGUGACCGUGGUCCGCACCCUGGGGGAAGUCCCGGGGAUGCCGGCCCUGUCCGUCAGGGUCCUCGACAGCACCUCGAUCCAGGCCCUGUGGGAGCCGUCCCUCAAACUGGGCCGGCCCAAAGGCUUCAAGCUGUUCUACCGUCCGGAGCGCCUGGCCCACUUCGUCGGCCCCAUGAUGUUGCCCGGCAACGCCACCUCCUUCAACAUCACCCAUCUGGACCCGGCCGUGGUUUACGAGGUGAAGCUGCUGGCCUAUAAUCAGCACGGCGACGGGAACACCACCGUGCGCUUCGUGGCCCUGCCCGAGACGGUGGACGGGACUGCGCCCAACCCGCCGUGUGACUGCCUGACGGAGGAGCGGGGCAGCAAGGCUUCCGCGGCCACGGGCCUCAUCGUGGGCAUCCACAUUGGCAUCGCCUGCAUCGUCUUCUGCGCGCUCUUCCUCGUCUUCGGCUACCGCGGCAGGCUCCUCGUCUGCCAGGCGGCCCAAGAGCAGCUGUCCGCGCCGCAGAUUCCCGGGAGCCAGAGGGACCCGAGGGUCCCGGCCGUGAUCCGGGAAGAGCUGGGUGGGAAUGACAAGUGCCUGGACCCCAACGAGCUGGAGCAGCUGUUCCUCCCAUCCCAGGCCGUGCCGCCGGCGGAUAAGGCGUUCCCGCCGGACCCCGGGCUGCCCGAGUCGUGCAACGAGACCCAGAUGGCCACCCUCCCACCGGACGAGUUCAGCUUCCUCGAGGAGAGGAGGCCCGAGACCCCGGACCCAAACAUCCCCGGGAUCGGGGGGUCCCCAGCACUAAGGACGGACUCAUCUCGGAGCCCCGGCCCCAGUCCCGCCAGUGAAGGAUAGCGGGCCUGGUGAGGACACCCCUACCAGGGACUUCCUGGGGAAUGGGAUCCGGGACGUAUCCGGAAAGCCUCCGGGCCAAAUCCCCUUCUAAGCGCCCUGUGGGGUCUGGGCUGUGUCUGGCACUCGCUAAGGUGAUUCUUCAAUCUCAGGUCAAGUCAAGGAUUUUUCCAAUCUCAUUCGUUAUCAUUAUUGAUAUCAUCAUUUUGGCGGCUCCGCGAUCCGGACUUCGGGAGUGGCAGGACGCCUCCUCAGCCCUUCUUCCAGACUGACCCCGGGGAGAAUUCCUUCUCCUCUUGGGGUCACAGGAUGGGGGAGAUUCUGGGCUGGGAGAGAGGGCUUCCAAGGACAGAUUGGAGGGCCCAAGCCACUCCCCUGGGUCGCUGCCACCCAGAUUAUAGAAGACGAAGAAAAAGAAGAAGAAGGAACUGUUUGGAUGGAGGUGGCUCCUGACGUGAUUCCCAUGCUGCUGGCUGUUGGGGCCUGCUUCCCUCUGCCAGCGGCUCUGCCCACCUUCUUGAUUUCUCAGGAUGCUUUUCCCACUGUCUGACUUUUUCGCCCACCCAGAGUAUCCAGAAGCCCUUGCGCGGGCAUCGAACUGCCCCUCGGGGCCGACCCCAGCCCUGCCCGCGGUGGGCUCAGCACCUACCUCAGCCGGAAUGAAUGUCUGCCUGGGGGUGGCGGAUGAGGCCCCUCAUCCCCACCCUCUCCCCCCUGUCCCGCAGGUCCUCCUCCUUCUCCCCGGCCGUGCCCCCCUCCGCCCCCUCAGAGUCUCGCACUCGGUCCAUCCUACCUCAGGUCCCCGGCCCGGGGCGCCGGGGGCGCCAUGUUGUCUCUGUAGGUUUCGUUUCGUCCUCAUCCUCAUUCGGAUGUGAAGCACUUCCAAAAUGCCGAAAGCCAAACCCUACCUCGCCACCCUCCUCUCUUCCUUCGUGUGUUGGCAUUAUUGGAUUUCCUUCCCCUCCCUUCUCUCCUCUUCUCUCUUCC